AUGGUCGGACGAACGGAUCAAAUGACGAAGAAGCCGAGAGUACCGGGGGUGCUAUGGAAAUUGUUCCAAAACCGUGCCUGCACACUCGCCGAAACCAUACUCUCCUUCAUACCUCCACCGUCGUCGGCGACGGUUCAAUGCCGUUGCAAGGAUAGUCGCCAUUGCCUCCGUUGCUGUUGCGACGGUGACCGUAUGUCGUUUCUGAUCAGGGAAGACGACCCAUCCGACUACUCUAAGCUCCUCAAUCAAUGCUUUGUAGUCGUCUCGGACAAUGCACCCUCUCUUCCUCCUUUCGAUCCUCAUUCUCGUUGGUCCCAACUUCAGAUUGUUAGAAUGACCAUUGAAAUGAUGUCAUGUGAGAAUGUGCUCACAAAAAAUAUGAUAUGCGCAGGCUAUAACAAGCAAUUUCGCUCAAGCUUCAUUUUAGAAGCUCUUACAUCAGCUUCAUGGAGUCUGCUAUUACAGAGGAUAGGAGAUGGCCUCAUGGUUUAUCUACUGAAAUAUUCUUCAAUAUUUAUCCCCAUACAUCGAAAGAAACACCAUCAGGUAGCAGGAAUUCCCAUUGAUGACAUGUGCUGGAAACUCUUGAAGCAGACAUCCGAAUCCAAAAAUCAGCAGCCUUCAUUAGUCCAGAAAGUUCCAGAGAGAUACCAUGAAGUUAAUAGUCAAGAACAUUCAAUGACUUGUCUUGGAUGUGAUAUCAAGGGCUCUGUAACUCCAUCUACAAAACUUCAUAUGAAACAAUGCUCAAAGAUGAGUUGUCAUGGAGAUUCCAAUUCCAUAACAGAUGCUGACUGUAAUGGACCCACACCCACCCAAGAAGAUGGAGUUCUGACUGUGCAUCAAUCUAGGAAACGGUUAAGAUCAUAUGCUUGGCUACACAGACAUAAACUUAGGAAGUUGUCAUCUCAGAACAUGUGUGAUUCAAACUCAGAGAAGAUGAGAAUCCCAUGUUCUUGUUGUUCAAUUUGGAGAACACUUCAAAAAGUUCCCAGAAAAGCUCAAAUUAGUAAGCAAUCCAUGUUAUAUAAACUAGAACAUGCCUCAUCGAUUCUUCCAGGAAAACACAUAAUCAAUUCCCUGAAGCCAAAUAUUGCUGGAGCAAAUGCACUCUUUAAAGAAAUAUUUGGAUCAAGUAAUGACUCUCAUUCAACCCUAUGCUUUCACAGCAAUAACAUUUGUGUUAUUGGAACAACAUGCUUAUAUCACUCUCUUCAUAAGCUUCUCAAGAUUCUUAUAAGAAAAGCCAUUCAUUGCCCACGUCUAAAGUUAUUAAAAAAACAUAUCUUUGAUAAAAAAGAUUUACAUUGCUCAAAAGGGCAAGUGGUGUCUUUUAUAUGGGCAGCUUCUAGAAGCAUUGUUCCCGAAGAACUACUAGGAGAUUUGAGAACCCUAAGAAAGAAUAUUUCCAAGUUUAUCAGAUUAAGGAUAUAUGAGAAGUUUUCUUUACAUCAAUGUAUGCAUAAACUCAAAACAUCAAACUUCUCCUUUCUAUCAAACAACCACUCUUUCUGCAACUCGAGCAACAUUGACCAUAAGUUUGGGGAAGUCAAACAAAGACUUUUAGGAAGAUGGAUAUAUUGGUUCUUUACAAGCUUCAUAGUGUCAUUAAUACAAGCAAACUUUUAUGUAACUGAAAGUGAGCAUGGAAGACUAGAUGUUUUCUUUUAUGAGAAAUCAAUUUGGGAGAAAUUGAUGAAAAGCUCAGUGUCAUCCUUAAAAGAAAAGUGCUACAGUUUAUUAGAUGUGAACGAUGUUAAAAAGAUUCUAAGUAGUCGAAAAUUUGGUUUCUCAAGGGUAAGAUUUUGUCCAAAACCAAAUGGAAUAAGACCAUUAGCCAAUCUUAAAUCAUCAUCAAGAUUACCUAAAACCAAUAAAAGCUUCAAAGCUGUAAACAUUGUUCUUCGUGAUUUGCACGCUGCACUAAAAGACAUUCAACUCAAAACACCAGAAAAGUUGGGAUCUUCGGUUUUCAGUUACAAUGAUGUCCACAGAAAGCUGCGUGGUUUCUUGACACGUGUCAAAAGUGGAUUCGAGAGUUCGCCUUGUGUUUAUUAUAUGGUUGUUGCUGAUGUCCAGAAAGCUUACGAUUCAAUUGAUCAAGAUAAGCUUCUUCAUGUGAUGAAAGAUGUUAUAACAGAUGAUCAUCUUUUACAUGAAACACACAAUGUCAUCAUUUCAAAGAGAAACAUUCAAAUCUGUCAAAACAUUAAUUUGUCUAGACAGUUUCGAUCUCAUCUUCAUUCUCCCUCAUCUCACAGCAUUCUUGUUGAUAUGGGAAGAAAAAGAACAGCAAGGAAAGACGAAUUACUUUCUACUUUGAGACAACAUGUUAAGUACAAUAUGUUGCGUAUAGACAAAAGUUUUUAUCUCCAAAACGUUGGUAUACCUCAAGGAAGUAUUUUGUCUUCAUUGUUGUGCUCGUUUUACUAUGGACAUAUGGAAAAUCGUAAACUUGUUCCAUUUCUUGAUAAGGUUUCUGAAGGGCAUUUUGGUCAGAAUUUGUUACUUAGGUUUAUUGAUGACUUUAUUUUCGUCUCGACAUCAAAGAAACAGGCUCUUGCGUUCUUGUCGAGGCUUGAAAGAGGAUUCUGUGAGUAUAAUUGUAACAUGAACAAAGAAAAAUUUGGUUUAAGUUUUGAUGGUGAGAAAAUUAGGGCAGAAGAAUCGACUAGGGUUUACUUUGAUGAAGAUGGUAAUAAGUUUUUGAAGUGGAGUGGUUUGUUUAUCAACUGCAAGACUCUAGAAGUUCAGGCAGACUACACCAGGUACAUGGUAGGGAAUAUAAGUUCAAGUCUUACAGUUAGUUGGCUAGGGAAUCCAGUUUGUGAUUUGAGGGAAAAACUGUGCAACUAUUUGCGACCAAAAUGUCAUGCGAUUUUCUAUGAUUCAAAGAUCAAUUCAGCUUCUGUUGUGAGAUUGAAUAUCUAUCAAUCGUUUGUGAUAUGCGCAAUGAAGUUCCAUUGCUAUGUUUGUGAUUUAUCUAACAUCUAUAAGUUUGAAUCGGCGUCCUAUAUGAACAUCAUCCACAACUCUUUGAGGUUUAUGUAUAAGCUUAUGAAGAAACGGAUGUAUUCUUGUGUGGUGAGUAUGAUUGAUGAUAGUUUAAGGCCGAUUUUGAGAGUGAAAAGGAGGGAAGUGGAAUGGCUUGGAUUAAGAGCUUAUUUGGAGGUGUUGAAGCGAAAGCAAGGGAGGUAUAAGGAGGUGUUAUAUUUGUUGGAGUUGAAGUUGAAGUCGCUUAAUGUAGGAAGAAUAGUGUCACCUGCCUUGAAGUUUGCCGUUGACAAGUCAAACUCCUCAGUACUCUGGAAAAUCAAGUAUUGAAUCCUUUUAACUUGAAAGCUUACUUUCAAUCCUUUUUUGUGCUAUGUGAAGUUGUACCAUGUAGGAAAAGGGUUGUACAUUUUUGAAUCCCAAAACAUGAAUCAUGA